AUGGCGCCGGGCACGCCAAAGCACGAGAUGACCAUGCCUGUCCUCCCACCCCUCCUCCACACCCGCUCCGCCAACAACACCAACGAGCAGCAGCAGCCUGGCACACCCAAUGGAGAUUACGAUGCUUUCAUCUCGCCUGUUCAGACGCCUAGCGGCAGCCCGAGCAAGAAUAGGAACCCGCCUGGUGCCUUCGACCUGCCCGAUGUCUUCUCCAACGCCAUGAAGCUCAUGCCCACUGUCGGCCAACCCAACAACAGCACCAAGCCUCUGCAGACGAAGGGACAAGGCUCCGUGUCACCUAACAGGUACGAGCAAGAUCCAUUCGGCGGAGCGGAUGCGAAAGCUGGCGCGCCGGGCAGCCCACAGCGCAAGCAAGGCAAAGAGAACACCCCGCCCACCUUCCGCCCUCCGCUACAGCAGGAGAAGAGCUACCUCACGCAGGCUGCUGCUAGCAGACAGGAGCCCUACCGACCGCGUGAGGACCACUCGCCGACGCGGCAGCAGGCGUUCGGCGGACGUUUGACGCCCGAGGAGCUGGAGAAGUUGCAGAAGCCGAAUGUCAGAAGGCUGGCGAACGUGACACAAUUGUACUUCCUCGACUACUAUUACGACUUGCUUUCCUACACGCACAACAGACAAACGCGUCUGCAAGCUUUCCAAGCCCACAACCCUGCACCGACCGCGUCGUCGCCAGCGGCAGAAGUCGACAAUUACAACCAGCUAUGGACGCAGUAUCUUGGCCACGAGCGCGCGAAUCUCCGGAAGAGACGGACACGCAUGAAGCAUGGCGACUUCCAAGUCCUCACUCAGAUUGGCCAAGGUGGUUACGGGCAGGUGUAUCUGGCUUCCAAGAAAGACACGCGUGAGAUCUGCGCGCUCAAGAUCAUGAGCAAGAAGCUGCUCUACAAGCUGGACGAGGUCCGCCACGUCCUCACGGAGCGCGACAUUCUCACGACCGCUAAGAGCGAAUGGCUUGUCCGUCUCCUCUACGCCUUCCAGGAUGACAGCAGCAUCUACCUCGCCAUGGAGUACGUGCCGGGCGGAGACUUCAGAACCCUGCUCAACAACACGGGCGUCCUGCACAACCGCCACGCUCGCUUCUACAUCUCCGAGAUGUUCUUGUGCGUAGAUGCGUUGCAUUCACUCGGCUACAUUCAUCGCGACCUCAAGCCCGAAAACUUCCUUAUCGACGGAACCGGCCACGUCAAGCUCACCGACUUCGGUCUCGCGGCUGGCUUCCUCGCCCCAGCGAAGAUCGAAAGCAUGCGCAUCAAGCUCGAAGAAGUGGGCAACAUUCCCUCCUCCGCCAUCCCCUUCGGUCGGCCAAUGGAAGAGCGUUCGCUUAAGGAGCGACGUGAAGGCUACCGCAGUCUGCGUGAACGCGAUGUCAACUACGCCAAGUCAAUCGUCGGCAGCCCAGACUACAUGGCUCCGGAAGUGCUCAAGGGCGAAGAGUACGACUUCACCGUCGACUACUGGUCCCUCGGCUGCAUGCUGUUCGAGGCGCUGGCCGGGUACCCGCCUUUCGCCGGUGCGACUGUGGACGAGACGUGGCAGAACCUGAAGCGCUGGCAGCAUGUCCUGCGCAAGCCCGAGUACGAGGAUCCAAACUACUUCCUCUCUCGCCGUACCUGGGACCUGAUUACGCGCCUCAUCACGACCAAGGGCCACCGUCUGCGCGGUAUCAAGGCAGUGCAGUCGCACGACUACUUCCGCGAGGUGGCGUGGGAGCGGCUCAGGCAGGAGCGGGCGCCUUUCGUGCCGGAGCUGGACAGCGAUACCGAUGCCGGCUACUUUGACGAUUUUGGGAACGAGAAGGACAUGGCGAAGUACAAGGAGGUGUUGGAGAAGCAGGAGGCGCUUGAGCGGAUGGCGGACCGUGGUGGGGAGAUGGGGAGGAGUUUGUUUGUUGGGUUUACGUUCAAGCAUCGCAAGCCGACGACGGACGACAACGGGCAGCCGACCAGCCCGAGGAAGGGUUUGUCGGCCGUUGAUGAGAAUUUUGGCACGAUCUUUUAG